GGGUACGAGCACUAACGGAAGUUGCUCAAAGGUUAUGACUACUGAAGAUUUAACUAAAAAAAUGGAUGCUUCUGAAGAUUACCUCAAAAAGAUUAACAAUCUCAAGGAAAAUUCAUUCUCUCUAGAUUUGGAUCAUGAAACAAGUGAACUCUCAGUUUUUAUUGAUAGGGUGGAUCUUAAUGAAUUAACUUCCGGUAUUAAAUGGCUAUCCACAUCUAUCUUGUCUUUAUGGUGCACAUAUCUACAUCGCAUGUGUAUCUCCAAGAAUUUCAACAAACUAUUUGGGUUUCUCGAUCCAAAUAGGAUACUAGUUCACACAAAACCGGCCGAAGUUAUUCAAACAUACAUACAAAAUAAGUUGGAUGGAGAGCCAAAAAAAUGUUAUUUAGGACCAUUGCUAAAUAGCAAUCACUGGCAAUUGUUUGUCAUUUGUCCUGAAGAUAAUAUUAUUUUUUGGUUUUGUUCAUUAAACAGAUCUCCUAAGAAAAAUAUUAAGGUCAUAUUGGAGGGAGCUCUAGAAGGUUAUCAUUUAUUAAGAGGUAUUAAGAAGAAGAAGCCUAAUUGGAAGAAUAUUAUGGGGCAUCAACAAGAUAACGGAUGGGCAUGUGGAUAUUAUGUCAUGAAAAAUAUGUUUGACAUUAUUGAUGCUUGUAUUGUUGAAAGAUUCAAUGAGAUAUUCACAGACACCUCAUCAUAUGAAAAAGAGUCAAUUGAUCACAUGCGACAACUUUGGGCUCAAUUCUUUUUGCAAAAGGUUGAAGAGCAAGAGAACCAGGAAAAGAAAGAUUUAAUGACAAAACAGAAGCGAUUAAAAAAAACUUAUAUAUAG